AUGUCUUCAUCCGACGGCCGAUACCCGCUCUACCACUCCUCCUCGAGCUACGACCAGUACUCGUCUUAUCCUCCCAGCUCAACCACCACCACCUCCUCCUCCAGCUCAACAACACACCUCCCACCCCCAUCCUCAUCUUCAUCUUCGUCCUCGGCAUACGACCACUAUGGCCCACCACACUCUUCUCACUCCCACUCUCACCACAGCCAUUACGGCGGCGGCGGCGGCGGUAGUAGUAGCAGCAGCGGUGGUGGUGGUGGUAUGAGCAGCCUCCUCCACCCGCCCUCCUCUCUCCGCCAUUCCCGCUCCUCCCUCUCCUCAUCCACAUCCUCCUCGCACUACCCACCGCCCCUACCGCCCGUCACAUCCUCCGCCUCCGCCUCGUCUUCCUCGUACACGACGACCUACCACAGCCAGAGCCAGAGCCAGGGACACAGCAGCGCCGCGCUGCCCCCACCCCCGCCCAGUUCGAGCUCGAGCUACAGCUCCCAGCACCACCACCACCAAUGGACGCCGCCUCCACCCCCGCCGUCCUCCGCGUCCCCCGAUACGAGUCUACAUCCGUCCAGCACAAGUGGUGGUGGAGGAGGUGGUGGUGGUGGUAGUAGCGGCGGCGGCGGCAGUGGUGGAGGAGGGGGAGGAAGCAGCAGCAGCAGCAGCUGGCCACACCACUAUUCAACAUCCUCCUCCUCUUCCUCAUCGCACCACCCAUCCUCCUCAUACGCCCACCAGCCACCGCCAUCGUCCUCUUCCUCGCGGUACCUUAAUCAUAUCACCGGCAGCGGCAGCAGCGGCGGAGGCGGAGGGGGCAGCUCGUCCCGCCUCUCCUUCUCCUCAUCCUCAGCGUCCAACCCGCCCCCGCCUUCCACAACAACGACAUCAAGCUACGGCCUCUCAACGAGCAACUCGUCGCGCACCGCGCGCCUCCUCGCUAUCCCGCUGCACGCGACACCCUCCUCAUCCACCUCGUCGUCGUCCAUGGACGCUGGGCACGGCGGCGGCGGCGGCGGUAGUGGUGGAGGAGGCGGAGGUGGUGGUGGAGGUGGUGGGGGACACGGACACAGCAGCGAUCGCUACCACUCCAAUUCGACGACGACGACAACGACGACGAGCAGACCGCCACUUCAGCCGCACCACGACAUAUACUCCUCCUCCUCCCAGUCCUCCCACUCUCAAUACCAACAACAGCAGCAGCAACAACACCAACAGACGCCGCUACAGCGCGCGGCAUCGCAGCAGUCGCACCUCGCAUCUUCAUCGUCCUCGUACCACUCUUCCUCGCAGUCGCAGUCGCAGUCGCAAUCGCAAUCGCAGUCUCAAUCUCAUCUACAACCUCUACACUCCUCAUCCUCGUCGUCUUACUCCCAACCAGCUUCAACUUCAGCGCCAGCGCCGCCUCCACCAACCUCCCUGCGCUCUCAACAUUCCCAAGGCCAGAGCCAGAGCCAGUCUCACCAGCAAUAUCACCAGCAACAGCAACAACAACAACAACACCAUCAACAACAACAACAGCACCACCCUCAACACCCUCAACAUUCUCAACAUCCUCAACAUCCUCAACACCAUCAUCAACAACCACACCAACACCAACACCAACAACAACAAGAAAUGACACCCCUCGCGCCCGCGCCCCUCCCUCUCCCCCUCCCGCUCCCAACGACCGCAUCGCCAAUGCAGCUCCAGCACGUCCCGCAGCCGCUGCAGUACUACGGCCGCGGCUACCCUUCGUCUUCAUCGUCUUCUUCGGGUCCGGGGUCCGGGGGCGGCGGCGGUGGUGGUGGUGGUGGCGGAGGAGGGGGAGGAGGAGGGGGAGGUGGUGGGGGAGGUUCUGCUUCGACGUCUAUGGUUAAUUCUAAUUCUAAUUCUCACUCUCAUUCUGGAUCUGGAUCGGGGGCGGGGGCGGGUGGGUAUCACAGCUCGUCUGGUGGAGGAGGAGGAGGGCAUAUAACGAGUGGGGGUGGUAGUAGCAGCAGCAGCGCGUACCAUCACGCGCAGACGCCAUAUCAGUCCUCUGCGACUUUACCCUCUACAUCCUCUUCCUCUUCGUCAACACCGCAGUCGCACUAUGGAGCGGGAACAGGAGGAGGAGGUGGUGGUGGUAGACAGGUCCCGUCCUCAGUGUCAACUUCGACAUCUUCCUCGUCCGCGCAUCAUUAUCAGCACCCUCAGGCCCCAUCGCAGUCUUCGCAAUCGCAUUACCAGCCGCCACCGCCGUUACCAUCGUCAACGACAACCACGGCAUCUUCAUCGUCCAAUUCCUCAAAACGACGACGCGGUGGAGGAGGAGGAGGUGGUGGUGGUGGUGGGAGUGGCAGUGGACCGGCGAACGGUAUCAGCAGCAGCAGCAGUGCAGGAGGCGGAGGCGGAGGAGGGCGAGGGACAACACGCGAUACGACAACGACGCCCGUCUCGGUGCCCGCGUCCGUGUCCGUUUCAGUGUCAGGUGGCGGGUACACCAGUUACCAACAACAACAACAACAACAAGCACAAGCACAGGGUGCGUUCCAGCCGCCCCCUCCACAAUCCCAGCAGCAGCAGCAGUAUCAGUAUACACCGCAGACGUCGUACCAGGCGCCGCCGCCUCCCCAGCACCAACAGCAGCAGCAGCCACCGACGCCGUCGUAUCAGACCCAGCCCGCGCCCCCGCCUCCGUUGACGCCGCAGCAGCAGUAUUAUCAGCCGCCGCCUGCGCAUUUGCAGAGUCAGCAGACGCAGAGUCAUUAUCAGACUCAAGCUCAAGCUCAGGGUCAAGCUCAAGCUCAGGGUCAAAGUCAAACUCAGGCGCAGACUCAGGCGCAGACGCAGUAUCAACCUCAACCUCAGACUCAGACUCAGUAUCAGCCUCAGCCUCCACCGAACCAACAGCAGCAGCAGCAGCAGCAGCAAUAUGCUCCGCCGCCGCCUCCACCGCAACACUUUUCACACCAGGCUCCGCCGCACGUGUCGCAGCACCAACACCAACAUCAGCACCAGCACCAGCAACACCAGCCUGCGCCUCCGCCGCACGUCUCGCAGCACCAGCCGCCGCCUCAUGUGUCGCAACACCAGCAGCAGCAGCAGCCUUUGCCGCCGCAUGUGUCGCAGCAUCAACAGCAGCAGCAGCAGCAGCAGCAUAUACCACAUGUAUCACAGCACCAGCCCAUAACGCAUCAUCAACUGCAGCAGCAGCAGCAUUCAUUGCAGCACCAACACCAAAACCAAAACCAAGCACCCCCACCGAUCCACGCGCAUGCGCACGUACAUCAAACGCCGACGCCCACAUCAACACAGGCACACACACAACCACAACCCACGCAGACACAGACUCAACCGCAACCGCAAACGCAAACGCAGGCGCAGACGCCGCAGCUGACGUACACACCCCAGUCAACGCAUGGGCAUGGGCAGGGCCAGGGUAUCCAGCCGCAGCAGACGCAGCUUGUUGGGCCUGGGCACCAGGCGCAGGCGCAGGCUUUGGGGGUCGGGAUUGGGGGCUCUGGUGGUGCUGCUGGUGUGGGUUUGGGAGGUGUCGGUGUCGGUGUGGGAGGGGCAGGGGCAGGGGGGUUGGGUGCGGGGUUGGGAGGUGUAAGUACGGGUGUAGGUGUGGGUGCGGGUGCGGGUGCGGGUUCUGGAGGAGGUGCAGGACAGGAUGGGCAUUAUUCAAAGAUGGUAAACGCAUACGGCGCGUUGAUGGACCAGCUGAACGGGAUAAGCGUCAGCGGCAACGGCUACAACAGCGCGAGUACGAACGGGCAUGUAAAUGGACCAGGGCCGGACAGCCGCCCUGACUCGUCUGCGUCUAGUUCGACGCUCAGCGGUGGCGGCGGCGGUGGUGGGAGUGGGAGGAACGGCGCGAGCAAUGGGAUGACGAAUGGCAAUGGCAAUGGUGCUGGGCUGAACGGGAACGGGAACGGGAACGGGACGGACAAGAAGCUCGCGGGUAUGUCGCCUGAGAUGGUGGAUAAGAUGUUGCAGAAUGCGAUGUUGGGGAUGCAGAUGCUCGAAGCUGCUUUGAAGCAUGCGCAGGGGGGUGGGGGUGGGGGUGCGUCGAUGUCGUUGCCUGCGUCGCCGCCGAAUGGGGUUGGCGUGGGGGGCAGCUCGUUGGCGGGUGCUAUGCCGUCUGCGGGUACCACGUCUACUGGGACGGGGGCGGGGGCGGGGACGGAGUACGGAUAUGCGUCGAGUGGACAGAGUGCAGCGCGCAGGAAUGCGCCGCCUACGCCUCUUAUGAGCUCUACGUCGAGCUCUGGAGGAGGAGGGGCUGUAUCGUCGUCGUCUUCUUCGUCAUCGUCGAAGAUGGCGAUGGCGAUGGUUGUGGACAAUGUGAGUGGGAGCGGGGGCACGAAUGGGGGUGUGGGUGUGAAAGGCGGCGAUGUGGUGAUGCGCGACGAUACAAAGUCUGCAAAGGGCGGUGUGAAGAGUGAGAGGGAUAGAGAGCGUGAUAGGGAGAGGGAGAGGGAUAGAGAGCGUGAGCGGGAUAGAGAUAGAGAUAGAGACCGAGAUAGAGAUAGAGAGAGGGACAGAGAGAGGGACAGAGAGACGAAGAAGGACAGCAAGGAUCUCGCGCCUGCUACCACUACCGCCCCCGCCUCUGCAAAGCGCCAGAAAGUGUCGGCGUCCGAGGGUGAAAACCAGUCGGAUGGUCAGACGUGUUUGGGGUGCAACGCGACGUCGACGCCCGAGUGGCGCCGCGGUCCUUUGGGCCCGCGGACGUUGUGCAAUGCUUGUGGGCUCGUAUACGCGAAGAUGAUCAAAAAGAGGUACAAAGAGAAAGCAGGCACAACAGGCAAAAAGGGCGGCGGCAAGGGCGGAGGCGGGCACGGCGGCAGCGGCGGCGGUGGGCACAUGGUCGUCGCAGCCGGACCGACGACGGUGCUGAGCAGUGGGAUCGGGGGCCAGAUGCACGUUAUUGCGCCGGAGGAGUCGGCGGAGGAGGGGAGCGAGGAGGAGGAGGAUGGAUAUGCUGGCUCGCAGGGCCGGAGGAGCGACAUGGCUGAUUAA